AUGUUAACUACAAAUACAAUGUUAAAUCUUCCAUUAACAAAACAACAAAAUUUAUCAAAAUGUCGAAUAUGUAGCGCUCCUGCUCAAUAUGCAAACUUUGGAACUAUUUCAUGUCAUUCAUGUAAAAUGUUUUUCAAACGAAAUGCUAAUAUUGAACAAAAAACAUUUACAUGUAAUUUUGAUGGCUAUUGUGAAAUAAAACGGGGUAAUCGUCAUAUGUGUGCAUCAUGUCGACUUAAAAAAUGUUUUCAAUAUGGAAUGACUACUGACAAAUUUCGACCACCAAGGCCGACGAAAUCAAAAACAAAAUUAUUAGUUAAAGUAAAAUCACGAAAUCAAUCAGAAAAAUUACCGAUAUUAAACUCUUUAAAACCAGAUCAUUCAUUAUUGACUACUAGUCAGUGGACACUUCUCUCAAAUUUAUAUAAUAGUUAUGAUGAAUCUCAACUUUCAUUCCUUGGUAAAUGUUUAGUUGAUACACAUAAUUCUUUACAACCAAUGAAUGUGACAUAUCAAAGACUUGUAGAAAAAUUUUUAUUAUCUAUUUAUGAAACAACAGGAAAAUAUCUUUGUUUGAAUGAUGAUAUCUGUAAAUUAUCAUUUAAUGAUCGUUCCAUUUUACUUCCUACUGCUGCAGAUAAUAUAUCUUGCAUAACUUCUAUGUUUAUUGUACAUCAUUUUGAUUUAUGUAGUCUAGAAUCUUUUUUGAAAAUUAUGACAACAAAGUAUGACAAUCGUGCAAUCUCUCUUUCUCUAUGGACAAUGAAAUUUAUUAAUCCAGAUAUUAUAAUAUUUAAAUUAGCACUUUCAUUAUUUGCUUUAGCAAAAACUACUUGUUUGUAUUCUCCAAAUAUUCCAAUAGAUUCAACAAGUUCUUCUAGAAUGUUUCAUCUUCAAAAUAAAUAUGCAGAAGUUACAUGGAAAUAUCUUAAUUAUAGAUAUGGUUGGUAUGAAGCUGUUAAACAUUUUCAUAAUAUCAUGUGUUGGCUUAUGGCUUUGAUUAUGUUCAUGUCCCAUUUACAAACUUUUAGUACACAUGUUGAUAGUAUUAAUUCACUUGUUGAAGUAACUGAACUUACACUUAUAUUAGAUGAUGUUGAUGAAAUAAUCGAUACAAAAUAG